GGAGACAAAUUGUACUAUUCAGACAAAAACAUCUCGUUUUAUGAUCAGAACUUUGGUGCUGGCAUCUCUGAAGCCAGUUCAAGUGUUUCCUCUCCACAUUUCAUGACAAUUACGCCACUCCUUAAUCAUAAUCUGAUGUUGGAUAUCCAAAAUUAGAUAAUUCUGGCGUCUAAUAAAGGCAUAAAGAGGAGUCAAGAUAUGCGCACGGACAUUGAAAAACGGGGGGGAAAUGUCAUUGCUCUCUAUUCAUAUAUUUACCUUCAGACUGCUUGGAGAAAAUGAUCAACUGCGUGGUUAUAUAAAAUACAUUUGUGAAAAAUAACCUGUUUCAAAUUGAAAACAGUCCUCUUCACAAUUAAACACAUAUGAAUAGAUUGAUUGAAACACAAUUAUCUGUUAUAAUCGGCACCUUUUAUUGUAGUCGUGCGGUUUCGUAAGGUAGGAACUAAUCUGACACUGCUGGUCUUUGAUCGGACAGUGAGAAGUGUAGCAAAGUUGGUCCCAUCUUGGCUACAUUGUAAUCAGAGCGGAGAGGGAAGCAAACGCGUCGAUAUUACAGCUGCUGUGUCAGCGGAUUCCAUGGUGAUGGACCCUCCUGGCGGGCGAGACGAGCGGCGUCGUCAGGCAGAGCGUCUUCGACGGGAGGAGGCGUACUAUCACUUCAUCAACGAGCUGAGCGAGGAAGAGUACCGCCUUAUGAGAGACAGCAACCUGCUGGGCACACCUGGUGAGGUGACAGCGGAGGAGCUACGGCAGCGCCUGGACGGGGCAAAGGAGCGUGUGUCAUCUCAGCCCCGCCCUGAACCACUCCCACAGAACACUGAGGCCGGAGAGGAGGAGGGGAGCAGCGUUGAGGGGGAGGAGAGCGAGGGAGGGGCAGCUACUGCUGAGCCGGGAGCAGAGACGUCUAACGGCGACUCACUGCUGGAGUGGCUGAACACCUUCCGACGUACAGGGAACGCCACGCGCAGUGGCCAGAGCGGCAACCAGACGUGGCGCGCGGUCAGCCGCACCAACCCCAACAGUGGAGAGUUCCGCUUCAGCCUGGAGAUCAACAUCAACCAUGAGCAGCCAGAGCCAGGGGAGCACAGUGAUGCCCCCGACCCCUCAGAGCUGUCCCCUGUCCCCCCUCCAUCCACAGCCUCCUCAGCCUCCAUACGCACUGCCCCCUACACCCCUGCCCGGCCCUCCCCCUAUCCCUUACCUCGAGCUACCCAGGGCAGGAGGGCUCAGAUCCGCCGUACACGCAGUAGUACCACCAUCCCUCCUCUGACUCCCGCACCCCUCACCACACCCCUGCCCCACCCUACUGCUCUAAGCGGCACAGCAGCCCUCAACCUCCCACCACCCCCAGUCCCCAUCACCCCCCCUAUUCUAAAUCCUUCAAUAAGCCCUCCACAGCUCCAACCCCCAAGCAGAGCUUCCUCCCCAGGGGAGGAGCAGGAGGAGGGGGCUCCUACCCUGGACUUCCCCCGUGUACCUCCCCAGUCUGGCCCCCAGGUGGCGUCUGUGGGGCGUGAGCCUCGUAGCAACAGGACUCGAUCUCGCGGCAGGACCCGCAGGGCUGCAGCAGGAGGUGGGACUACCUCCCGGUCAUCUAGGAGACGUAGCCGCUCCCCUCUUCAGAGAAACCCCGCCCCUAACUUGGCUACCUUGCCUCCUAGUGGUGGGAAUGGAAAUGGUGUCUCUAAUAAUGGCCACACUGCUGAGCCCGGAAACAGAACUGCUUCUGUCUCCAUGGAGACCGGUGAGGCCGUGUCAGAGCCGGCUGUACUAGCAGAGCCUGGCCCAGAGGCAGGUGAGCAGGGGGGAGAGGCACACACGGCUGGGUUGGUGGGUGCAGGGGGGGUGCGGCGCCACCCCACCAUCAUGCUGGAUCUGCAGGUGCGGCGCAUCCGACCGGGAGAGAACCGGGACCGGGACAGCAUCGCCAGCCGAACCCGUUCCCGGGCCCGCGCCGCCGAAAACACUGUCACCUUCGAGAGUGACAGCGGGGGCUUCCGCCGCACAAUCUCCCGCUCGGAGCGGGCCGGGAUCCGGACCUACGUCAGCACCAUCCGGAUCCCUCUGAGGAGGAUCAGUGAGACAGGAUUGGGGGAGCCCAGCUCCACCGCCCUGCGCUCCAUCCUCAGACAGAUCAUGACCGGCUUCGGGGAGCUCAGCUCCCUCAUGGAGACGGAGGCUGACGCUGAGACCACCGAGGGCAUGCCCGGUCACCAGGACCCUGUAGGACCCAAUGCAAACACCAACACCGCACAGACCUACCGUAGCCACAGUAACGAGAGUGGAACUGUGGCGGGAGGCCAGGCAGCAGAGACGGAGAGAGAGGGGGGGGGCGAUGAGGAGGAAGGAGGGCAGGGGAGGUUAGGUGGGAGUGGCAACGGUGGAAUCCCAACCCCUGACGACGGUCGGCCGAUGAGCAGGGACACAAACAACCUGGUAGAGAACGGCACGUUGCCCAUCCUGCGGCUGGCCCACUUCUUCCUGCUCAACGACGAGGAGGACGAGGAGCACCCGCGUGGCCUGACCAAAGAGCAGAUCGACAUACUAGCCACGCGCACCUACGGCCAGGCCAGCCUGGAGGGGGAAGCGGGGCGCGCCUGCAGCGUCUGUAUCAACGACUAUGCCCAAGGGAACAAGCUGCGCCGCCUGCCCUGCGCCCACGAGUUCCACAUCCACUGCAUCGACCGCUGGCUCUCUGAGAACAACACCUGCCCCAUCUGCAGGCAGUCCAUCCUCCCUGCUCACCAGGACUGACCCUGCCCUGACCCCUUGAAUCCCCUGACCACCACCGGCUUCACCUCGCCCCCUGCUGGCCGAACUGAGCAUGCCCGAGCAGAGAGGACGGUACAUGUACAUAGCGCUUUAAUGUUUUCAUUUACCAUUGCAAUAUUAAUUGUGUUCACUCUGAAAUGGUAGAACCCAUAGGGGUAGGGGGGGGCUAAUGCAGAGAAUUAACGUGUUAUUUUUUUAGACUUAUUUUCAGCACCUUUGUUUUUUUAAUGUAUUUUCUCGUCUUGUUUCUCUUCGGCCUCUGUCACGAUGCUUCUGAAGUCCACAUUUACAGAUAGCACUUAACUUAAAGAGCUACUAUAGCUAGCCGCUGCUGAUCAGUCUCGAACUCUUUCACCUGAUACGCUGUGAUGUCACAAAUGGACUACAGCAAUCAGUCAGUCGCUUCUGUAGAUUUGAUUUGGUUGACGAUGUGUAAAUAUGUCACCGCCGCCGCCUGUGUUUUGGGGUUGAGAAGAGAGUCAUCCUUGUUGCAUUUUAAGCAGAAAACAUUAAGUUAGAGCUAAUAUUGGAAUCCUUCUAUUUAAAGCUCCAACAACCCUUUUUAAAGUGUCCUCUAUCAUGUGUAUGUGUUUGGACAAAGGCUAUUGUGGUUCUAUUUUACCUUUUUAAUUACAUUUUACUUGGCCAGUGGUCCCUAGGAUGUUGUUGAUGUCUGCCUACCUGUUCCAGCUCUUUAAACCUAGCCAUCAAACCCCAUAGAUCCACAGUGGAUGUCCAAUAGUUCUUCAAAUUAGUUGCAGCCUUUGACACUAUUAGUAACACAAGUCAGAAAGAAACAUCUAAAGCAAAGAAGUGUGUGAGGUAAUUUAGCAGCAAGCACUUGUAGUUGGACUCGUCUGUUAGGGAGACAGGCAAAUAAUGCAAUAACAUGAAGGAGGAACGGAAGGACCGUUUUGUGUUAGAUGUUUAAACUUUAUAGUGCUGUUCUCUCUUGUUUACUCCUGGGCAUUGAUGAAUAAUUCAUCUGUUGGGAGAUGGAGAGUAUCUGCUCUGUAGUAUGCUCUCCCUCUAUCCCCAGACUCCUAAACUCCUCAAUCAUCAUCCCCCACUCCUCUAACGCACACGUGUCAAACUCAUUCCACGGAGGGCAGAGUGUCUUGGUUCUCUCCACCCUUGUACUUGAUUGAUGAAUUACGGUCAUUAAUUGGUAAGGAACUCCCCUCACCCUUGUUGUCUAGGUCUGUCUAAUUGAAAGGACAACCAAAAACCUGCAGACACUCGGACCUCCGUGGAGUGAGUUUAACACCCCUGCUCUAAUGUCUAUGUUUAAAGCCCCUGCUUUGGGAGAACCUGCCUGUCAUGGCCUGAUUUCUAUCACCUAAGUAGUUUCAUGUUCACAAACCUGAAAGGAAUGACUAGGUGAAAGCAAAAUGGUGAAGCCUCCACUCAAUCCAUUUUCUACAUCUAUCCAAUCCUUUCGGAUCAGUGUCUUCCUCCAUUAGCCUGGCUUAGAUCUCAAUUGGCUUUCCCUGCAGGCAGUAUCACCCUGUUACCACCAGGGGCAGUGUUCACAACUACAGUAUGACUUGGUGAGGACUGGAGACCAGUGGUAUUGGUGUCCAUGCAGGGCAGGGGUUUUCUCUCAUUUUCAUACUAACUUUGUUCCAAGCAGACUCAUUAGACAGGGAUGUGAUACAGGAAACAAUGCUCUUUCUGUACUGAAGUGUGUGUGUUAGCGCUGAAGGAAGUGAUAACAGAAUGUCUAAUAUGGUUCUGGAGAAGCAUCAGUCAGUCGCCUGAAUGUCCAUCUAUCUAAGAAAGAGUGAGAGGGUCCGUGGCCACCGAAAUUCAGAAAUGAAUAUUUAUUCUGUUCCUAUUUAAUGAGAAACAAACUUUGAAAUAUUGAAUGUGUUAUGAGAUUAAAAAAACAGUUAAGAUUAAUAUGUAUUCUGUUACUAUGUAAUAUAAAUAAACACAAGGGUUUUCUUCUGCUCCUUAACAAGGGAAUUAAAUACAGCUUUGUUAUGCCUGGA